UUCUAGUUCCCUUGCUAUAUAGAUGACACUCUUUAUUGGGUGUUCAUUUAAUGCAGAAUGUAUCAUCAAGUGGAUAUUUAGGGAUCAAGAAUGAAGACCCAUGUAGUUGAGGGGUAAUGUAACUAAUGUUGAUCAGUAUAACUGCUUGUAUAUCGUAUCACACGAUGAUUUUAAUGACAAUCCGUUGAACUCCGAUGAAUCGCAAUUCUAACAAUAUUAAUGUUUUGGUUUUUUGGUGAUAUCCUCAUAUAUAACCUAUCAUUUGAUGUGACUUGUGUUUUCCCACUAGUUAGGCUUGGUCAGUAAUAGUAUAACUGAUAAUACAAUAAUUAGGUAAAAAUGUGUAUAUUUUGUAAAUGUUUAUGUUCAUGUUUCCAUUCAUGAAAAUCAAUAAAAACAGGCAUUAUAUUUUGUUUACUAUUGCAUCGCUCUAUAAAUGCACUCCUUGGCAAAUGAUCACUGGAGGCAUAAUGAGCUACUAUGUUUGGAAAGAUCAAGAACUUUCCAGUUAAACCUGGCCUAUGUAUUUGGUUAAAUCCAUAUCACACUAGUUUUGCGCAAUAUUUAGGAUUCAACUUCAUAUUAUUUGUGGUGAUUUUUUUAAGUUAAAUUUGUAUUGUGUGUUCUAUAGACUAUGACUAUAAGCUCUCCGCAUUCUGUGUAACAUGGUUAAAAACUAUGAUUUGAUCUAUUACAUAAGUAAACUGUAAUAUCCUGCAAAUUAUUUAAAUUUUCAUUUCAAAUCGAAAACUGAAAAAUAGAAUGAGCAUUGCUGCUAUACCAAUAACAUGCAUUAUUCGAAGAAUUGCCAAGAAAUUUAUUCAUUUAUUAUUAUUUUAUUCUAAUAUGUUCGUUCAAAAUAAUUUCAGUGAUCCCCAUUUUGAAAUAGGUAACUGUAGUGUCAAUUGUCUGUUUAUAGCUAGCUGCUCAACCUUAUUCUCUGAUUCCAAAUUUCGAAGAUUUAUUUACAGUUUAUUCCACUGCUUCUGUUUCUUUAUGUAAUUUAUAUGACAAAUAUGUGUCAGGUGUUUCUUUUGUAAAUGUACGUGCCACAGCAUAGUGUUCGUUUUCUUACCACUAUUGUUUGAACUGUUUUGUUUGAACUUAUUGGGACUUUUAUAACUGACGCAUAAAAGCUUUAUAUUGAAAAUUAUUGGCAAACAUUGGUGUGGAAAUUGCUUUUACAGAUUACAAUAAUCAAGUAUAAUGUAGGUGUUGAUUUAUGAUUAUUAUGCGGUACAUCACAUACGUCACAAGGUCAAGUAUAUCAGUGAUUCAAUGACAGGAUGACUUCAAAUAAUCAGCGGAUUACAAUGACAUGAACGAAAUGCAAAACGGAAAUGCCUCAUCUCGAAGUAGCAAUCAACCAAAAUUGAAACUUAAUUUGAUCAAUGGAACACAAAACGUUGGCUUGCGUACCAAGGUUUCUGUAUCACCUUUGCCGCAAAGAGCUGACAAGUUGCUUAAAGAUGGGACUGACAAAGUUAUAAACAAACAGUCUCAACUGCAGAAAUUUAAAAAAGUCAGUUUUUCUGACGAUGAAUCAAACAAACCGAUACGGCGACUGUUAUUGGUGUCUAACAAAUGUAAAUAUGGUGCUUUGUUGGAAAAAGCUAUCAAACCACAUGUUGUUGCCAUUUUGUACAAUUAUGAAAACACUACUUUUGAUUCGUUGUUGGCACUUGUGUCUAUGGCAUUGGAAGGUGAUGAAAAAGUGUCAUCUGUUGGAUGUGUCAUGUCAUGCAAACAUUCAGGAAUUUUUAUUCUGAACUGUCAUGAUCAUGCAGGGUUGUUAAAUUCAACCUCGGAAAUUAAUAAAAAUUCCAGAAUUGGCAAAUUUUUUAAACUUCUUUUUGACACCUUUGUGGAUAAAGGCCAUGGUGAACGACGGCUUGACUUAUUUGGUGCUGCAGUUGUAAAUCAACUGGAUAAAAAUUUACGGGCUAUUGAGGAUAUUACUGGUUCUACCAUUAACAUUUCUAAAGAGCCACUGGGAAUCGGAAAUGGAUCUGUGUCCCUGGAUGGUACAGACAGUAUGGGUGAAAUGUAUUUCACACCAGAUAAGAUAAGAAACUGGCUGAAUGGAACUUACCAAACAAUUGACUUGUUUGAAAAAAUCAGAAUGGUAGGAAAAGGAGCCUUUGGGACUGCAGUAUUAUAUCGUAAGAAAGAUGACAAUUCAUUGGUUAUUUUAAAAGAAAUUAAUAUGUCAGAAUUGAACAGUCAAGAGCGUCAACUUGCCAUGAAUGAAACAAAAGUUCUGAAAUUAUUGAAUCACCCUAAUAUUAUAUGUUGUUAUGAUAGUUUUGAGGAAAACGGAGUCCUGAUGAUUGAAAUGGAGUAUGCUGAUGAUGGAACUCUAGCUCAACUUUUGGCUAAGCAAGAAAGCCCACUUCUAGAAAUUGAAGUUUUGCAAAUGUUUUGUCAAAUAGUAUCGGGUAUUCGAUAUAUGCAUGAACAAAAAGUUCUUCAUAGGGAUUUAAAAACUGCAAAUAUAUUUUUGACCAAAGACUGUUGUGUUAAGAUCGGAGAUUUUGGUGUUUCUAAAAUCAUGAGUUCCCAUAAUAGGGGUGCAAACACUGUGCUUGGUACACCUUAUUACAUCUCUCCUGAAAUAUGUGAGGGAAAGCCUUAUGAUGAAAAAUCAGACAUUUGGGCUCUUGGCUGUAUUUUACAUGAGAUGGCCACUUGUCAAAAAACUUUUGAAGGAACCAAUCUUCCAGCUUUGGUAAAUAAGAUAAUGCGUGGUCAUAUUGCACCUAUACAAGGGAAUUUUAGUUCAGAAUUCAAGCAACUUGUUAAUGAUAUGUUACAUCGUGAACCAGGGGAACGCCCAACGGCACAUAUACUUGAUGUGGUCCGUUUACCUGAUAUCAUGGACAAUUUUGGGAGUGAAGGUAGUGAACGAAGUUUCUCUAGCAGUAGAUCUCAAACAAAGGGAUCUCGGGAUAUUUCGUCAGCCACACAUCGGGAAACACGGUCCGUCCUUUAUAUGUAUGAUACUUCAGCAAUGAGUAUUUUACCCAUGGAAGGUUUUCCAACAAAAAUUAAAAUUCGUGAAGUUGCAAUUGGUGAGAAUCAUUUUAUUGCUGUUGCUGUAGAACUCACUGUGUAUACUUGGGGUCAAGGAGAUCAUGGACAACUUGGUCACGGUUCUCUAGAAUUUUGUCCAAAGCCGCAGGUUGUUGAAGCUCUCAAAGGUAAAUCUGUUACUUCAGCAUGUGCUGGGGCAUCAUUCAGUAUAUUUGUAUCAGACAAUGGAAUUGUUAUGACGUGUGGUGAUGGGCGACAUGGUUGUUUGGGUCAUGGUAGUUACGUUUCUUCACAACGUCCCAGGUUGAUUGAGUCACUGCUAAGUGUUGAUGUGUCUUCAGUUGCCUGUGGCUUACACCAUGUUGUUGCUUUGGGAAGUGAGGGCAAAGUUUUUGCAUGGGGGGAUGGUAAAGAUGGAUGUCUUGGUAUUGGGGACACCAAUAUUCUUGAGGAACCAACUGAGGUACCAAUCCAAGAAGGGGUUGCAAUUAGGGAUAUAAGGUGUGGUCCUGAUGGUACAAUGUUUAUAACUGAAGUUGGUACAUUAUUGGCAUGUGGUAACAAUAAAUUUAAUAAGCUUGGACUGAAUGAGAGGAGAGGUUUUCUCACAGUUUUAUCUAACAAGUUGAAACUGGAAGUUGAAUUUAAGAAAACCCCAACUCCAGUCAAAGCCAUCAAAGGUGUGAUUGAUGUCUCGAUGGGUAAAAACCACACUGCCAUUUUAACAGAAGUUGGUGAUUUAUUUAUGCUUGGAAGUAAUAAACAUUCUCAGCUUGGUACUGGAGACAAUAAAGUACGCAGCACACCUUUUGUUUUAAAGUCACUGCGAGAGUAUGAAGUGGCAACAGUCAUUUGUGGAGAUAAGUAUACUGCCGUUGGCACAUCAGACGGAACAGUAUGGUUAUGGGGUACUCGUUUCAAACAGGCAUCUGUAUCUGACGAAGUGCCGCAGACCCCAACAGCAAUUGAAGCCCCAGAAGUUGAUGGAAAAGAUUUUUCAAACUCUUACAGUGGGAGUCACAAUUUAUUCGUCAAGCCAACCCAUCGUCGCACUUUUAGUGGUACCAGCACUGUCAGCUAUCGGAGUACACUUAGUCUGAAUCAAGAAAAUGGUUCAACAUCCGAAGGCCCUAGUAGAGCAUCCAGCUAUCAGGAUGUAACUGCUGCUUUGGGUGACAAAGCUAUCAACUCCCGAACUACUACUGAUUUCGACUUGGAAAGCAAUCGUUCAACACCUACAAAUACAGCAACUUCCCCUCUUGAUAUGAGGAUGCCGGAAAUCAUGUCUUCACCUUAUCCUAUCUUAAAUAUUCAAGGUUCUCCAGAGUCUGCAGACACAGCUGCUUCAACCCCUGACAGCACAACAGUAAAAGGUGAUCUCGCCAAAUCACUUUCUGGGGAAAAAUCUCCAAGUUUUCAAUCAUACACAGCGUUUUUAGACACUUUGAUUUCAUGUGCUGAAAAUUUCUAUAUGCUAGUAGAGACUAAUGCACCAGUCACAUCAUUGAAAGAUACGACUGGACAAACCGACAACAAGAAAGGACAACUAAAGACACAAAUAAGUUGCUUAAAUUUACCUGUCCCAACUCGACGGCAUGGAAGGAGUUCUGUAAGCAGCAAUGAAGUUGGCGAUGAGUAUACCAGCUCCGAAACUUCAGAGCUAGACUCUUUUGGAACAGCACCAACUUGGAUUCGAGAAGAGUUGAAAAUUACAUUAAAAGCUGUUGCUACUGAUGCAUCAUCCACAAAAAAACAAUCAUUGAAAGACAGUGAAAAAGUUCAAAAAAUUCCUGCACUCACUACAAAACAGAGGAAAACUAGCCCGAGUCCUUCACGUAGUAAAGCAACCGGGAAAAACAAAGUUGUUGACUGCUCGAGUUCUGGUUCAAGUAACCAGUCUACAGUGAAACAAUCUCGCAACUUAUUGUCCGUUGAUACCAGUUCAAGUAAAACUAAUGCAAAAGGUACAAGAAAGUCAAGGUCACCUUCACCUUACACUCGUCGCUCACCACAAUCCAGCUUUAAUCGUUUGCGUGGAGGACAAGGAAGGUCUAGAAUGAACCAAUGGGAUCAACCGAAACCUAGCAGAUCACCUGUCCGUGGUAACAAUAUGCAAGAACUUCGUGCCAAAUUGGUACAGAUUCAAAAUGAAAAGCGUGAUACAGAGAAAAAAUUGAAAGAAGUUCAAGAACGAAAUGAAAACAUGUUGAGAGAUCUUCAAGUCAAACAUGAAAAAGAGAAAUUAGAACAGGAGCGAUGGCUUCAUGAUCAAAUUUCAUCAUUGAAAAGGCAACUGGGUGAUCAACAGAGAGAAAUAAAUGAAAGAGAUCCCUCAAAAAAUGGUGGAAAACUAGUUAAACAUGGGUCCAAGUCUGAUUCUGUAAAAAGUAGCAAAAUAUGCAAUAUUCAAUAAGAUUCAUACCGAUCAUGGUUGAAAAUUUUGCAGUAGCUAAUAAUGAAUCAAACCUUGUAUCACCAAUAUAGCCAUAGAUUUAAGAAGUGUCAUCAAUUAUAUCCCAAACCUAGUCAGGUUUGCAACAAAUUUGAUUUCAACCCCUGUGAUCUAAAAUUUAUAUAUGGAAAUCUAUCCACAAUUGCAGGACCCUGUUAAAUAAAUGUAGAAUGGGAGCAAUCUUGCAUAGUAUCUUUUCAAUAAUUUAACAUAUGUCACAUAUCAUUUGCAGGCAAAUGCUGCAGAAAUAGAGCUCAGCAACCUAUUUUGCAAUGUUUCAGCGAACUUUUCUACCAAUCUUCAAACUUAUUAAAUUUAUAUUUGAUUACUUGCACCCACAUUACGGUACUGAUGAGAAUAUCCCCAUACUUUGCUUUAUACUUGCACUUAUAAUCAGUUUCAAAUAUCCUUUCUAUCAGUGCAGAAUUUCUCAGGCACUAAAAUUUUAGCAUUUAUUGAUUGUAGGUUUUUCUUAUUUUACUUUAAAUUUUGCGUUCUAUCUAUCUUUUAAUAUAUGCGUUAGUCAAUGAUACUGUACUGCCUUUUUGUUUCAUAUAUAACUCGAUAUGGUACAUUGUUUUUCUUGUUAACAUUACACUCGACAUGCCCCAUACAGCCUUUAACUGGGUAACUUGUUAUACACUGUUGAAACGGAAACAAUUCUUCCAAAAUAAGUCUUAUGCAUUUCAGAUUUGUACAAAAUGAUUUGAUAAACCACAAGUCACUUUUUUACGUUUACACAGGUAAAAAUGAGGAAGCUGUGUCAGAAAAUUUUAGAUUCUUGACCAAAAUUGUUGAUUUUGAAAUGCAUCACCAUUAUAAAAUUCACAUCGUUCAUGUACUUUGAAUUCUAAUGUUUAUAUAUGCUUAUAAGGAUCAUUUGCUUUCUUGUAUGUCAAAAAUCACAUCCAUGAGGUGUUGUCUGUUAGUUGAAAAGAAAUUAGCAUUGAUAAGGUUUGCAUACUUUCUUUGGGAUAGAAUGGUAUUUUUAUAAGCUUGUUUCUUAUUAAUAUUUGUUCAUUUUAAACUACCAGUACUGAUUCUUCGAUCUAAUACUUUGCCAGUGCCUUUUACUAAAAUACUGUACCCAUAUUGGUCACAGUGAACUGUGCGAAUUUGCACUGUGGCUAUAGAGGAAAGUUCUGUUAACCAUGGUAGAAAGUACCUGACUAGAUGCAGAUCUUGACUAUGUCUAUGUUUGGCAUGAGUACUUUCAUCAGAAUAUUAGGAGCGUAUUGUUGUUCCAAAAUGUAUAUGCUUUUGUAAUUUUCCGUUCUGUUCCAUAUUCAUAUAAAGCUACUGAUUUUCAUACUUAAUACUUUACCUGCGCCUUUUAUUUGAAAUGUUUGACAAAAUUUUAGUCUUUACUUUAUACCAAAUUAUUGCUCUCACCAGAAUCUCUAUUCCGCCGAAAAACUAACUGAAAUUUCAAGGAAUAGUAAGCAUGCACGUCAUGAAUAUCUGCAAUGUUGAUGAAAUAUUGCUUGAUUAUGUUCUUAGAUUGCCAACUUGUACUUUCUUCAAUUAGAAAUGAAAUUCACUGUACUCUUUAUAACAAAAGUGCCUAUUUUGGACACCAUGGAUAUUUAUUCAUUAUCCCUAAUUCAAUUCAGGAACAAAUUGUUUGUGCAUGAUUCAUAUUUUAGUUUAUUUUCUAAUCAAAAUUGACCCUAUGUACAUUUCCGAUGAUUUUUUCCACACCUGGUCGAUUUUUUAAAAU